AACUUUCAUUCCAGUAUUGGUCGCGACGGUUGAAGCGCGUAUACAUGGCACCCAAAACAAGAAAUGUUUAACACGAAACCAAUUUGUGGUUUAUUUAACGAAUUUAGCAAUGUGGUCAAUGAAGUGUCAAAGGUUUGAAUUUAGUGUUUUAGUGAUUUUGUUUGGAUUAUUGGGCUUCAGGAACUGUCAAGAAAUUAAAUGUGGACAUCCUGCUAUUCCCUUAAAUGCUCGCGUUUCUCUGAGCUCUCCCGGAUUGGCUCCGGGAACCGUGGCGAAAUAUCAGUGCGACGAGGGAUAUGAAACGUUUGGAAACACGGAAAUUUCAUGUUCGCCGGAUGGGAAAUGGAUCGGCGAACUGCCAUUUUGUGGCACCAACAUCGCUUAUCGCAAACCCGCCAACCAAUCGACCACUGUCCGUGGUGGCAGCCCCUUGAACGCCAACGACGGCGAAAAAAGCACCGAACACGACGGAAAACGCUGCUCCGAGACCCAGAAGGAAGCCAGCCCGUGGUGGCACGUGGAUUUGUUGCAACCCUACUCCGUCAAGGUGGUGCGUGUCACCACUAGGGGUUGUUGUGGCCAUCAACCCCUCCAAGACUUGGAAAUCCGUGUCGGAAACAGCAGCACCGACCUGCAGCGAAACCCUCUAUGUGCCUGGUUUCCGGGAACAAUAGACGAAGGCGUAACGAAGACAUUCACCUGUGCACGAGUUUUAACAGGACAAUAUGUUUUUCUUCAGUUGGUAGGAGUUGAAGGAUCAUUGUCGCUUUGYGAAGUGGAGGUUUUCACAACGGAUGAGUUUUCGGUGGAUCGAUGCGCCCCGCGCGGUGCCCCCGAAGACAUCCAAUUGGCGUCUUUCGCCCGGACUUGCUACGAAUUUGGGGUGAGUCGCGGAGGGUCGUUCCAGGAAGCGCGCAAUUACUGCAAGAGUCAUAACGGCGAUUUGGUUCAUGGUAUGAGUGCAGCUGCAACGACGUUUCUUUAUGCGGAACUCGAGAGGCGGAAACCGAUGUUGAAGACACAACUGGUUUGGAUUGGUGCCCAAAAAGAGCCAGGAAUCACGUCGAGGGUCUGGAAAUGGGUUAAUGGCGACUUGGUCCAAAGGCCGGCGUGGGGAAAGGACCAACCAAACAAUUAUAACGGUGAACAAAACUGCGUAGUCCUCGAUGGCGGUCGCGGGUGGCUAUGGAAUGACGUAGGUUGCAAUCUCGACUAUCUACCUUGGAUCUGUCAACACUCACCAUCAUCAUGCGGCAGUCCCGACAAACAAAUUAACACGACUAUAAAAGGCAGUAAUUACAACGUGGGCUCACGGAUUGAAUACCAAUGUCCCGAGGGCCAUAUGUUGUUAGGCGAAGCAACGCGACUUUGUGGAAAAGCAGGCUUUUGGUCGGGGAAAGCACCAACGUGCAAAUAUGUGAGUUGUGAGAAUUUGCCCAGUUUGGAGCACGGCUCAGUGGUACUUAAAGACAAACGAACAACAUAUGGGGCGCAAGCACUUUACACCUGUCACGAAAACUUCACUCUUAUCGGACACGAAAUUAGGACAUGUGGGGCCAAUGGUACUUGGACGAAUUCCACCCCAAAGUGUCUUUUUGAUUGGUGCCCAGAUCCACCUAGUAUCAAUGGGGGGAUUGUUAAAACGUCGGGGCGAAGGGCUGGAGACACUGCUGUGUAUUCGUGUCAAUCAGGGUUCAUUUUAUUUGGGCAAGGGGUACUAUCGUGCGAGUUGGGGGGUCAAUGGUCGGGUAAAGCCCCCUCAUGUAAAUUCGUCGAUUGUGGGGCACCUCCAAACAUCGACAAUGGACGGUACCAUCUCCUUAAUGGUACCACAACUGUUGAGAGUUUAGUGGAGUACAGUUGUGGACACGACUAUUGGUUAGAAGGGCAAAAAGUACAGAAGUGUACCAGGGAGGGCAAAUGGUCGGCUGAUGCACCCUCGUGUGAACUGAUCACAUGUGAGGAACCUGAUGUACCUGCUGGAAGUUACGUAGUUGGCUAUGAUUUUAACGUACACUCCUCGAUUGAGUACCAUUGUGAAGUAGGGCAUGUGUUACGAGGGGAACCAAUUCAUACUUGUACUAAACAAGGUGACUGGUCUGGUACCACACCAACUUGUGAAUUCGUUGAUUGUGGUAAAGUACCAACUAUGUUGUACGGUACUGUUAAUUACAUCAAUGAUACGACACAUCUUGAUAGUGAAAUUGAAUAUUCAUGUGCGAAAAACUACAGACUUAAUGGGGUUUCAAGACGGCGUUGUUUGGAAAACAAACAGUGGAGUGGUACUCCACCAAAGUGUGAAGAAAUAAGAUGUCCUGAGCCGAUUUUAGCCGAACAUAGUAUAUUGUCAGUGACCGGAAACGACCGAAUGUAUGGUCGUACCCUCAUUCGUACUGCUGAAUCCUCCUCAACGACUUACAAAAUCGGAGCUAUAGUUAAAUAUAGGUGCGAAAGAGGUUACAAAKUUGUUGGUGAGCCUUUGAGUACUUGUGAGGAUUCGGGUCAAUGGAGUGGUGAUGUUCCUCAAUGUGUUUAUGUUGAUUGUGGUAACCCUGAAAGUGUUCAAAACGGUAAAGUUACCCUAACUUCAAACGCGACUUAUUACGGCGCGUUGGCACUCUACUCCUGYGAGAAAAACUUCGAAUUGGAUGGAGUUUCGCGAAGAUUAUGUCUUGAAAAUGGUACCUGGAGUUCCGAGGCUCCGAUUUGUCGCGGAAUUCAGUGCAAAGAACCCGACAAUUUUGAUGGAAUGACGUUCAAAGUUAGUACUUAUAGUGUUGGGGGCGUUGUGGCUUAUUCGUGCCCCCGAGGGCACACCAUGGAGGGGAAUUCCACACGGAUUUGCUUGCUCAAGGGGGUUUGGAGUGGGCGAGCACCCACAUGCACUGCGGUUGAUUGCAAGCACCCGGGUACCAUCGAAAAUGGUCGAGUGAUUGUAAUGAAUGGUACCACCUACAACGCGGCGAUUGAGUACCAUUGUGUSCCAAAUUACGAAAGAGUGGGUCCCUAUUUACGAAAAUGUAUGGAGAAUGGGGAAUGGUCUGGUGAAGUACCACGAUGUGAGGAGAUCACCGGGGAAGUACAAGAACCCUCGAGUCUGGGUACCAACAUCGGAAUUGGGGCCGGUGUUGUUGUCUUUUUGCUAAUCCUUUUGCUAGUAAUUUAUCUCAAAUUACGGAAACCAAUCCCUGUGAAAAACACCGAAAACGUGGAAGGGGCCGAACGCAAAGAGGACCGAAACGCAGCAGUUAUGAGCUACGCCACGCUCAGUGACCGAAACGGUCAUUUGCCCCCAAAUAUUUACGAAAAUAUUCACGACGAAAAUAUGUACGAUGCACCGUAUGAGGAGACAAGUCGCGAUAGUGGUACCUACGAACCGGAACCCAUUUCGUGGAAGAACGGAAAUAUGGUUACCAUAAAUGGGGUUUCAGUAAGAUGAGAUGAAAGAACUGAACCAAUUGCUACCAAAACCAACCUAGAUGUUGCUUAUAAAGAGUCUAUUUCUUGUUUAUUAUUGAUUUGUAAUUUAAGUCGUGUUGAGAUGGAAAUGUGAUUUAAAUUAAAGAUCAGUUGCUUUUGUUGUAAAUUAUGUGUGAAUGUGUGAGUGUCGUAGGGUCGACUUGUUGAUGUAAAUACUCAUUUUGUAAUAAAAUAGGUUAUGUACUGUAGAUAAUGUCACAAAUAAAAGAAAAUGACCUCA